AUGAUUUCAGGGAGUCACCAGUAUGAAGAGCCGCAGUUCUAUGGAGGCAUCAUUGCAGACCCAAUGGGCCUGGAUAAGACCCUGACGAUGAUUGCUCUCUGGAAAGCCGAGUACGGCACGCAAACCUCCCCCUUGUUUGCAGUUCGUUGGAAAACGAUAAUUCUGGACGAGGCCCACUACAUCCGCAACGAGAGCUCUCGGAUGGCUCGCGCGGACCGCCUGAGUGACCUCGCCACGAUAGUCAAGUUCUUCCGGGUCCACCCGUACACGGACACCAGGCAAUUUGACACCGACUUGUCGCAACUCUGGAAGCCCAAGGGCACCAUCGACUUACAUCUACGGCACGAUAAGCUUUGCCCUAUCGACUUCGCACGGGAGGAGAGGGUUGUGUACGACAAGAUAUAA